AUGCUUGUGGAUCCCACAAUCAUUCGAGAAGGUGAUCCGACCAGUCCGUUCGACCCGACCCGCACCCACAACCCUCCACUUGCCACCACUGCCCUUUCCAGAAGAGAUUUCUGGAGCUCCAGGUCGGCGGCAGCUGCAUCUCUUGCGGCCAGUGCGUUCUUCGGCCGAUGGGAUCAACGCGUGCUCGAUGCCUAUGUUGCGUUCGGACUUGUUCCGUUAUCCGCAUCCAGCUCAAAUCCCGAAAACGUGGACGAAACAGAGGACACCCCGGUCACGCUUGCUAUGCCGGUGCUACAAGAGGCUUUGGUUUAUGAAGGUGCCCACCGUUCCGCUCAGGUGUGGGACCUGUUUUCCGAAAUAGACCCUCGCAUUCCGCUUCGAUUUGUCUUCCCUGGGAAACAAGAGCCGGUAAUUGGCGGUCCGCAGUCAGACCAGGAACGAGCGUGGUUGCGACCCGAAAAUUCCUCCAACAUCAAGAUCCCUGGGGUGGGACAUCUGAUUGUCCAGGAAGCUCCGACCGAACUGGUCCUCUCGUAUCCUCUCCUCGUAAUCGUGCGACAAAAUCCGAAAAUUACCCAUCUUUUGCUCGCAAGAUUCUUUGUGACCCCUGAGACUCAUAUCCAACAUGUGGACGCCGUCAUCAUGAUGCCCAGUCUCUUCAGGGCCAAGCUACCCCCGUCCCGAGGCUGGCGUGCGUCCGCCGACACGCGCCUCGUACCCGCCCUUGCCAGCCGUUUUCCCGCCCCCGCUGGAGGCAUUACCUCCUGCGCUCCGCGCAUUGCUUUUCCCGACAAGUCGUUCCUGGACGGCCGCUAUGCCGUCAGCACGCACAUCGCGCCGGCGACCCAUGUUCGCACGAUGCGAAUAUCGUCUCCGCCGCCUCCUCCCGCUCGAUCGGACGCUUCCAGGGCCGAGAGAGCCGCCGCGGCGACUGCGCGGAACCACUGGGCCUGUGUGGAGACGGCUCAGGAGCCCGGGCGAUAUGAGCGCGUGAUGUGGAAUGUCGUCAAGAGAUAUGUCAGGCGGGACGUCAGUGAGGCCGGGAUCACACUUUUCCUCGCGGGCGGCAAUGGGUUCCCAAAAGAAAUCUGGGAACCCACACUGCUGGAUCUCCUGUCGCUUCCCGAUGGUCAUCCCAUUGACGAGAUAUGGGCUUGGGAAGCCGUACAUCACGGCGCCUCUGCUUCAGUCAACGCGACACUGGGUCCGACUCUCGUGGCUUGCGACGGAGUCGAUGAUGCGCGUGACAUUCUCAACUUUCUGCUGCACUUUCUCCCCUCCAAAGUCGCCGGGGUCGGAAAACUUGCGACCUCGCUCCCGCUGAUCCCGAUCAGAGAAACGGCCCAUCGACAAGCAAAUGGGUUUAAUCAACGCAAAUUGAUUGCUGUCGGCCAUUCCUUUGGCGGUUGUCUCUGUGGUCGUGUUGCUUUCACGGAACCUCGUCUUUUCGCGGCGCUGAUACUCGUCGACCCUGUGCUCAUCCGCUUCGGGACACCGUUUGAUGACACCCCUUUCACUCGGAUCGCUUUGGCGCGGCGACAGACGUGGAAAUCCCGCGAAGAAGCCUUGGUCUCUUUCGCCACCAGCCCUUUCUUCGCGACUUGGGAUGCCCGAGCGAUACAUAGAUACGUGCGGUAUGCCCUGGUUGACUGCCCAGACGGCUCGGUUCGGCUUGUUAUGCCGCCAGAACAAGAGGCGCUCAUCAUGGAGGGUCGAGUGCACAGCGGGGUCGUCUGGGACUUGAUCCGUUAUCUUGAUCCCUGUAUUUACAUACACUGGGUUGUGCCUGGUCGAGCUAACGAACUAGAGAUUGGCGGUCCUAUGUCGACUCGAGAACGGGUCUGGCUCAGGCCAGAAAACUCCUCCAACGUCAGGGUUCCCAAAGUAGGGCAUUUGAUAGUGCAAGAGGCGCCUCGUGAACUUGCUGCUGAAAUCUCCGGCGCACUGGAUAAGGUGGUUAGAUGGAGGAAGAUCAUGGUGCCUAGUGCAAGGCUCUGAUUGAUAGUGUCGUCCACUUGGGCAUGGGAUCCAUGGUAGGUGCUUCUCUCAUUGGGAGAGAUCACCAUCGGCACGCGAUAUAUUUUGGUGACCUAAUUGUAAC